AUGUCGAGCAAAACCCACUUGGAUGCCUCUCCCGUGGAUUGCAUCCUUCAGGAGCUGGAAAAGGUGGGUGACCACUUUGACGAAGUUAAGAAGGCCACAAAGAAAAUUGAGUCUUCCGGUGAAAAAGCUGUCCCGUGUGAGCCAGAAGGUGAGAAGUGGAAGAUCAUUGGGGAGAAAAUUCAACAGUUGGAAAGAGAAAUCGAGAUCAUGAAAGCCACUAUGCAGGAGCAGGAAAAGAGACAUUCUGAGGUGGUGGAUGCAUUGAUGGAGCAACGCAGUGACAAUGUGAAAUUGAAAGCUGAAAUUGUGUCAGUGCAAAUUUCACUAGAGACUGAAAGGCAACGAAGAAAAAAGGGAGCUCUUAUCAUUUGCGGUCUUCCACUGAAGGCAACAGUAAAUGCAGAGCAAGUGUACACCAACAUUUGCAAAAAACUAAAAAUUGAAUCUGCAGCGGUCUCUGCCCCCACUCCAACAUUCAGAGUGACCAAAGUAGAGAACAAAUCGGUUGGGGAACAACGAUUGGAGAUUUGCAAUUUGGGAGAGGAGCAAUCAUCUCUCAUCAUGCAGAAAUAUAGAGAGGCGCGGCGCUCCAAAGUUUUUCUCACUUCUGGGGAUCUCAUGAAGGAAGGUGACACGAAGCCCGUGUACAUCAAUGAAUCGCUCACCGGAUAUUUCCAACUUCUCUUCAAAAUCGCAAGGGAUAUGCGGAGGAAUGAUUUGCUCAAAUUUGCAUGGACAAAGAGUGGAGUAUUGUAUGCACGAAAGUCGGAAAAAAGUAAAAUCUUUCAAAUUAAACACCGCAAGGACUUGGAAAAAUUUAAGUAA